AAGAGACCGGAAGUAAACAUGGCCCAGGAGAAGAGCAUGGCGGUCUCAGGGCUCCUCAGGAAAGCGGAGUUAUUAAAACAAGGAGCAGAAGCCCGGGUCUACCGGACAGAGUUUCUGGGAAAGCCGACUAUUGUGAAAGAAAGGUUCCCGAAACGUUACAGACACCCAGUACUGGACGAAAAACUGACACACCGGAGGACGGUGCAGGAGGUCCGCUCCAUACUGCGCUGCCGGAGAGCAGGCAUAUCCGCCCCUGUAGUCUAUUUUGUGGACUACACAUCCCACUGUAUUUUCUUGGAGGAAAUUAUGGGCUCCUCGACCGUGCGUGACCACAUCGUUUCCACUCAGCAGUCUGAUUCCUGUAAAGAGCCGGAGCUGGAGUGGCUGGCUGACAGGGUGGGCCACAUCCUGGCCAAAAUGCACGACGAGGACGUCAUCCACGGAGAUCUGACUACCUCCAACAUGCUGUUGAGACCUGGCAGAGAAGACGGGGAGUUCGACCUGUUCCUCAUCGAUUUUGGCCUGAGUUACAUCUCCGCUCUGCCAGAGGAUAAGGGAGUGGACUUGUAUGUGCUGGAGAAGGCUUUCCUCAGUACCCACCCCAACACAGAGGCGCUGUUUGAGAGGCUGCUGAAGAGCUAUACAGCAUCAUCCAAGAAGUCAUCAGCUGUCAUUAAAAAGCUUGAUGAGGUUCGGUUGAGAGGGAGGAAGAGGUCGAUGGUGGGAUAAUGAUUCAUUGGUGUGUACAGAGACAAGCUUCUCUGGAAAUGAUGUUUCUGAAAAUGUGUUCUCAUUAAAAAU